AUGACUACACCUGCCAAUACUUCGUGUAAGUUGUUAGUUGAUUAUCAAUUAGACAUAGUGGUGGUUCGGAGUUCAACUCAAGCUUCGGCUGGUUUCUCUUUAGGGAGUAAUACCCAACCAACGUCCACUGGUUUCUCAUUAGGUGGUACCACCCAAAAAUCUACUGGUUUCUCAUUAGGUGGUACCACCCAAACAUCUACUGGUUUCUCAUUAGGUGGUACCACACAAGCAUCUACUGGUUUUUCAUUUGGUAAAACCACACAAGCAUCAACUGGCUCAACGUUGGGCGUUACAAACCAACUAUCUACUGGCUUUUCAUCGGGAACAACUUCAGCAUCUACUGGUUUCUCAUUCGCUAGUACCACCCGAACAUCUAAUGGUUUAUCGUUAAUUACAACUCAAGCAUCUACUGCUUCUACAACUCAAGCAUCUAAUGCUUUCUCAUUGGGCAGAUAUAAAACAUCAACUGCUUUCUCUUCGGGUGCAACUCCAACUGCAUCUACUGGUUUCUCAUUCGCUAGUACCACCCGAACAUCUAAUGGUUUAUCGUUAAUUACAACUCAAGCAUCUACUGCUUCUACAACUCAAGCAUCUAAUGCUUUCUCAUUGGGCAGAUAUAAAACAUCAACUGCUUUCUCUUCGGGUGCAACUCCAACUGCAUCUACUGGUUUCUCAUUAGCCAGUACCACCCAAACAUCUACUGGUUUCUCAUUAGGUGGUACCACACAAGCAUCUACUGGUUUUUCAUUUGGUAAAACCACACAAGCAUCAACUGGCUUCUUGUUGGGUGUUACGAACCAACCAUCUACUGGCUUUUCAUUGGGAACAACUUCAGCAUCUACUGGAUUCUCAUUAGGUACAACUCAAGCAUCUAAUACUAUCUCGUUGGGCAAAAAUCAAACAUCAACUACUUUCUCUAUGUGUGCAACUCCAACUGUUUUUACUGGUUACUCAUUAGCUAGUACCACUCAAACAUCUACCGGUUUCUCUUUAGGGAGUAACACCCAACCAACUUCCACUGGUUUCUCAUUAGGUGGUACCACACAAGCAUCACCUGGCUCCACGUUGGGUGUUACAAACCAACCAUCUACUGGCUUUUCAUUGGGAACAACUUCAGCAUCUACUGGUUUCUCAUUCGCUAGUACCACCCGAGCAUCUAAUGGUUUAUCGUUAAUUACAACUCAAGCAUCUACUGCUUCUACAUUUUCUUCGGGUACAACUCCAACAAUGUCUACCAGUUUAUCAUUAGCUGGUACCACUCAAGCAUCUACUGGGUUCUCAUUGGCCACAACUAAAGUAUCAACAGGUUUAUCUUUGAGUACGUCAUCAGCAGUUCCUACUGGUUUCUUAUCAGGGACAACAAGCACUCCUGGAUUUUCAUUGAGCUCUUCUGGAAAAACUACAGACCAAGCUACUAUAAUACAAACUACUUCAGUAAUUACUACAAAAGCUCCACCUGUUGCAUCUCAGUAUGUAUAA